CCUGCAUGACCUGUCAAAGCCGCAGCCGACGCCGCCCGAGUCUUCAGCUCUCUCUGCCAAUCAGUCCCCGAUUUCACCUCCAGGGAGCGAGGAAUCGGGUCUGCCCCCUGCGCUCGUGCCGCUGAUUAGACAGAGGGAAGCUGACACCGCAGAGGACAGUCGCCGGGCCAAGAAACAUGUGGGAGCUGAUAGGCAAAGCGGCCGUGGCCCUUGUGGCGGCGCGCCUCGGCUGGUCCGUCCUCAAGGGCCUCUACGGGUCCUUCCUGGCGGCGGCGCUGGGGCUCAACCUGAGGGUCAAGAAGACGGGCGAGUGGGCAGUUGUAACUGGAGCAACCGAUGGCAUUGGCAAAGCUUAUGCAUUUGAGAUGGCACGGCAAGGAAUGAAAGUUGUCUUAGUCAGCAGAACACCUUUCAAAUUACAGAAUGUUGCUGCAGAAAUUAACAGUAAAUAUGGAACGGAGACAAAGAUCAUUGACGUGGACUUCACCAAGAUUGACAUCUAUGACCGCCUGAGGAAAGAAUUGGCCGGCAUGGACAUCGGCGUUCUUGUCAACAAUGUGGGAAUGAGCUACGAUCACCCUGAAUACUUCAAUAACCUAGAGAACGGAGAUGAGGUGUGUCAACGACUCAUCAACUGCAACAUCAUGUCUGUGACAAUGAUGAGCCGUGUUGUCUUGCCUGGAAUGGAAGAGAGAAAGCGAGGUCUGAUCAUCAAUGUUGCAUCACUCUCUGCCACGAUUCCUGCCCCUCUGCUGGCUGUUUAUGCUGCCACAAAGGCCUUUGUUGAGAGCAUCAGUGACAGCCUGGCAGCAGAGUAUAGCAGGAAGGGCAUUACCAUCCAGUGUGUCCUGCCAGGCUUUGUUGUUUCCAAGUUGUCCAAGCUGAAGCGGCCUUCACUCAUGAUCCCCACUCCAACAGCCUAUGUCCGCUCAACAAUGAAGACCACUGGCGUUGAAAAGAGAACGGCUGGGUACUUCAUGCACAAGCUUCAGAUUUACUUUGCCGAGUCUGCUAAGUUCCUCCUUCCCGGGUCAGUUCUCACAAGCAUUGUCUUUGGCCAGCUGCAAGUGUUCCGUCUUAAGGCUCUGAAGAAAAAGGAACAAGAGGCCAAGGCACAAUAAGCAAGCCAUUUGCCUUAGUAACACAAAGUGUGGUGGUCAAACUUGAACUAAAUUUUUUUUUUUCCUUUUUUCAGUCUGUUGUUAAAAGGUCUAUAAAUAUUAUGUUUGUAUAGAUAUACAUGUAUAUUGGUAUGCUUUCCAGCUUCAUGUAUCAAAGAUGUGGUGCAAGAGUAUCUGUUGUUCAUAAAAUGCUGGUUAGUUGACAUGUAAAAUUAUUUUACAGUAUUAUGAUUUCAGGUUCAUUAAUGAAUCCAUAUUUGCACAUUCAUGACCUAUUUAUGUAUACGUGUGAAUGUGAAUGACAGAUUAGGUAGGUCUAUACAUGUUCCUUUAGUUAAUAUAAUGUUUAUCAGAAUAGGUGGAAAGAUUAUUUUUUACUUGAAAUGUUGCAAUUGCUUUUUGUUAUGUUAUAUACUUUAUUACUUUUUUAUUUAUUAAUCUUUUGGUCAUAAUUGUAUAUAAACACAGUUGCCAUAAUCAGUCACUAUUUGCAAACCAGCUUGUCUGUCUUUGCUAUUUCUAAAGAUGGUUUUGAAGGGAAAUUUGUAUAGUUAAGAGCUGUAAAUAUUGAUUAUGAUUUAGAGCUGCACAUACUCAUUGUGAAAAAUGUGAUUUAACAUGAGUGAAUAUGAACAAAGGUUGCACAGACAGGAUAUUUUGUGCCAAGUAAGCAAAUGGUUAUUAUGGCCAUAUUGGUGCAAGAAAGUGAACUAAAAGAAAUAUGUUCAGGAUAGUGUCUUCAACUCUGAUUCUCAAUUUUAUAUGAUAAAUUUCAAGAUUCCUCUAUAAUGCAUUUCGUUUUUGUCACCCUUAUUGUUUACAUGUGUGUUAUGUUAUUUUAAUAACUUCCAAGUGUGUUUGCUUGACACUAAGACUGCGCACAGAAUGUAAAGAAGGAAUGUUUGAAAUAGAUACUUGAGGCACAGCAUGAGGUGAUUCUGUUGCUUAUGUGAUUUGAUUUUUUAUACUGUUGUUGAAAAAAUGCGCAUUUUAGUAAUAAUGCAAUACUAAACUUCCACAUUGAUGGCAUGUACCAAGAAAAUGGUUGGCCUGGCUUCCAUGGCCAGCUGAUUAAAGUGUCUGAUGACGA